UGCGGCUGUUGGCCUAUUGCGUUGGUACCGAUAUCAAAAGCCUCCAUCUUCAUUCACAUCAAGUGGUGAACCUCAACUGUGUAGACUGGAGGUGGGUGUACUGCUUUGGGCUGUGGUGGUGGUGCGAGCUCGCAGCCCUUCAAACCUCAAAUUGCCGGCAGUUUGUUGCGCAUAUCCAGCCAGUAGGCAAGGAGCGUGACCGGCGUACCUGAAACAGUGAAGCCAUGAGCGCGUCAGCGGUGUUUGUUGCCACUUGCGUCUUUGAAGGAUGGACCGACCUGGUGAUUCAAGGGGAGCCCACGCACUCCGAUCUCGAAGUUGCUUUGGCAAAUCUAUCACCCUCUAACCUCACACAACAAGUCUCCUGUUUGGUUGCGCCGCAUGCCGUGACACUUCGCAGCGGCUCCCAUGCAGUGUGGUCUCUUCCAACCAAGAAGGUAUCAUUGUGCGUGAACAUUGGCGAGCGCGUGGGCGUGUUCUUUCCCCGAACCAACGCAACAAGUACACACAGAUGCAACGUCCUCUUGUUGCCAUCAGAAGCUGAGGCGGAAGCCUUCUGUGACAACAUCUCGUCGCGUAUCAUGGAAUACCUCAGCUCGUCCAUGAUGCAGGCAUCACCGAUGACGGUGGCAUCGCCACAUCGUCCACACACCGCGAGUGUCGCCGGUUUUGCGACGCGUGGGAGCCCCGGAUUUGCGCGGCCACACAGCAUGAUUCAGCUGCCGUCACAGCGGCACACGCCACCAGCCUCCACAAGCUUUACACAUCACCACCCUGGCGACACCCACCACUUUCCGCAGCAUCACUUCCCACGUUAUCACUCGGCGGUGCAUUUUGCUGCAAGGCAUACACAGCAGCGCGAAAGGCGCGCAAGCGUGGCUGGCGUACCGACCGCCCAGUUCAGGACGCCAAGCACGCACUCCUCGUUCUCCAGUGCAGGGUCGCGCGGCGUGAGUCCUGGGAGGCAAGGGGAAGUCUUCCAUCAGUCCCAACACCAUUUUGCCGGCAGCGGCGUGCAUGCCGGGCGUGUCGGUGCACAUCAGCCAGGCCGCCCUGUGCACUGGAAAAACAGCACAAGCAGCGGUCAUGCCAGUCCCCGCGAUCCCAGUGUCACGUCCCUCGCAUCAGCUCACGCUGGUUACUCGAGUGGAGUAUCUUCACCGUCGGCAGUGCAUGCUGCGCGUGGCGUGUCCAGCGGCCCCCGCCAGGCAGAGCCGUCUCCAGCGCGCUCCAUUGCCGCGCCAUCGCCCCAUCGACGGUCGGAGCAAGCCCUGCGACAGCCACCGCGCCGCAGCCGCCCAUACAGCUGGUACGGCCAGCAACAGCAACAGCAACAGCAGCCGCACGGACAGCAGCACCACGCCGGGCACGCAAACGCACCGAAAGUGAUGAUGCGCGGGUCAUCGCACUCGCAUAUUGGGCCGCACGCCCCAUCGUCGUCCAAGUCGGCAACGCGGCGCCACUCGACGCUGGUGAUGCAGCCCGCAGAAGCGCGGGAGCAGCGGCGCAUGCGGCGGGCGAGCUACCACUUCCACGUGGCAAACCAUCAGCCGCAGCAGCUGCAGCUGCAGCAGGAGGUGGGUGCACGUGGUGGCGGGCGUACUGGACGUGGGGGCCGGCCUGUGGGCGGAGAAACGGACCGCCGCAUCUCCGUCAUCAGCGAGAGCGGGGCGAACGCGUCAGCGAGCAGCGGCAGGAGCGGCAACGCCAGUGGUAACGACGGUGGUCAGCAGAACAGGGAUGGCCCACACAGCACGGGGAGUACGCAACACACAGCACCUGGCGACGGGGCUGUUGUGAUUCGUGUUCCCCGGCCCGUGCGCGCCAAGCAGGCGCCAAGCACACUCAAGCCCGGAGACCUGCGGCGCAUGCAGAACAAGCUGUUGCUGCUGUCUGGCUUUGAUCCCGCCGAUGAUGCACGGAACAGCGAUGAGGAUGAUGAUGUGGACGGCGCGAAAGAGGACAGGGAGGGCGUGAGUGCGAGCCGCAGGCAAAGCGAGGACAGCGUGGGGCUCUCCUCGCUGCUCAGCCAACUCGGCAUAACUGGGGUUUCAUCUUCAAGCACACACAGCCCGAACCGCACACCGCUUGCCUCCCUGUCAGAAGGAACGACAACGCCCACAUCACAGAAGUUGCGCAGCAUGUUCCAGCCGCUGACGACGGGCAGCACGAGCGACGGCGAGUCGACAGACACUGUGCUGCAUCGCAACGGCAGCGAGCGCAGCUGCCGCACUGACAACGACAACGACCGAACCAUCACAGAGGCAGACAAGAACACAAGCAACGUGGAUCUGAGCCGCCACAGCAGCAAUGCCGAUGGAGCUGACGAUAUCGAUGACGUUGCCAGUGACAGCGUUGACAACGGUCAUGGCAGUGCUGACGACAGCAGCGACGUGUUGUCUGGUCUUGGGGAUGCCGAGUUUAUUGACGAUGAAGUGCCUCUCAGUAUCGACCACGUGUCCAACGUCCAGGAGGGCAAUGUCGAUGAUGAGGCAAUCGUCAACAGCCUGCUGGCAGAGAUAGAUCAUCCUCAACAACAACAACAACAACAACAACAACAACAACAGCAACAACGGAGGAAGCCAGCACACCCCAAGUAUCCAAUCUGGUUGCAGCCCCACGCCUCCAGGGUGGACGCCCACCUCAUGCUUGCAGGAUUGCCUGAUGGUGCAUUUAUGGUCCGGUUGUCAUCACGCAAGCAGGCGAUGGUGUUGUCGUACGCGUUCAAGAACACCGUCUACGACGAGUACAUCGGACACAUGGAGACGUCUGGGGCGUCAGGGGUGUUCCUGGAACGCGUACCGACGCUGGUGUUUGACAACCUUCGCCAGUUUGUUGCCCACUACUCAAAGCCAACACACUACUUUCCUGUGCCCCUCAUUGCCCUCGAUCGGUUCCGCAAUCCCGACACGGAUCCAUGGAACUACGGCCUGCAGGAGCAACACCCUGACGGCAACUGGGAGUUUGAAGAAGGCAGUGACGAUGGGCAGCGACUGAAGCGAAUCAGCAACUCCGACUCAUCCGUCGCUUCUUGUGCGUCAACCUGCACUGUCGCGCCACAGUUCGGGCGGACACCUGAGCACAUCGCAGAGUAG